AUGGGUGAGGAGCAGAAAGAAUCGCAAAAGAUUAGCUUCUGCGAAAUUCAUGUUACGGAACGUAGCUCAGCACUAACGCUUCAAGACUGCUGCCAUACGCCAUCAACAAAGCAGCAGCAGCAGCAGCAGCAACAGCACCAACAGAACAUGCCAACAUGGCAGCAGCAAACGCGUCACCAGCACCAACUGCACAAUCCUGCACUGCAGUCGCAGCAGUCACAGCAUCAGCAGCAUCCACAGUAUCAGCAGCGUCAGCAGCGUAAUCAUCAACAGCAGCGAGUGCAAAAGCAGCUUGUAAGGCAUCCUAAACUUUGGAAGCAGCGGUAUGACCGAAAUGUUUUGAAACCCAGUCUUCUAAGCUUGGAGUCGCUGAGUGUCAGUUUGGAGAGUCUGUUUUAUGAACAGACGGGAGUAGAUAGCAAAUUUAACAAUUCCUCCACUGCUACUGGUACGAUGCAGUCGACAAGCAGUACCAUUAGCACCAGCACCAGCGGUGCUACCGGGUUCGGGGAGGAAAAGCAGCAGGUAAAUUGCUUACAGUCAAUUGACAACACGUUAAUAGGUGAGAAAAAAGUUAGGUAUAAGAUUUCGUGCAGCUUCAAAUCUCUGGACAACAACUGCAAAUCGCUGUUUAACUUUCUGCGCGGCAAGGGCACCACAAAUGGCAUUGCGCCAGCUAAAUCGAUACCGACAUCGGAAGAUUGUAAAGAAGAUACCCCAUCGCGCUCUGUCAAUACCGUGGUUGCGCAUCACCAGCCACAGCAUCACGGGUUUCGCAUGCUGUUGAAUCGCAAGCUGUUCAAUGACCGAAGAGACAGUGUGCUCCUCGCGCCAAAUGUUAAUGUCGCUGAGAGUUAA